CACCUGUCACGGACGAGCGGGCCGACGCGCCACGUCAUGCAGAGAUAAGAAGGCGCGGCUGGAAAGACGAUGGCGCUCAUUGAGCAUGGCAGCGGAUUGAGCGGAUGAUGUUGUGGGUCAUGUGACAUGGGAUGUGAUCGAACGCAUCGAUGCGUUAUUCAUUCCCUUUUUCAAUUUUUUUAAUUCAGUUCGAGGUGGAGCCCUCGAGGCUCGAGGAAGGAUGAGGAAGAAGGCUGUUGCCGCUCGCGUUGCUUGCUCCUGCUCUUCUUGUUGUUGGGCUGGUGAUGCUGCCGAUCCUGCCGGUGCUGCGGAGGGCCCCGCCACGAGCCCCUCCAUCUCUUCGUUGCUCCGCUUCUCGGCUGCGCGCUGGACCUGGCAUUCAAGAUCUGCUCUCGGCCACAAAGGAGGGAGGGCAGGCGCGCUAGGGAGAAGAUCGAAACAAACAAGACUAGAAAUGGGACGAGAGGAGGAAGACCUAAGAAUGGCAAGGAAGGACGACGAGGAGAUGUAUCGGGAGGUGGGGCCUUUUGUCUGCCGCUCUUCUUCGAUUAGGAGGUGUUCGGGCCUUGACCACAUCCGAAGUCAAGGUUGACGGGGUCGUCUGGUAGGGGACACAAGACGAGGCAGGGCUAGAGAGUCGUCUCCAGAUUCGGCAUCUUCUUCUAGUGGUGAAGCACACACUCAGCACAACUACAUGGAGAAUAAAUAAUUCAUUGUCUUGUGUGAUUCAACGUUGUGCGCGUCGUUAGUGGCAACUGCCAAAAGGCAAAAGUGUUUGUUUCUCAUAAGGCAGGCGAUUUGGGCGACCUUCGUGCUGCUGCUGCUAACAUCAUGUCUUUUUCCACUCUCGGUCCAUGUCCCUGUUGUCUGUGUACUACUGCUGCUCGUACCUCGGUGCUACUGGAGUUGCCGUUCUUCCCCCACUUGCGUUGUGCCUUGAGUCCUCCGAUUGGAACGCUGAUUACUAGGAAUGGUUUGAGGCUGCAGACUCGUUUCUACAUGUUGACUCUAGACGCUUUCGUCAAGAAUAUCUCCACCUGCCUUUGAUUCCGUAUCUCAUCGAAGAAAAAGUUUUAAAACCUUGUUGAAGAACCGACCACCACUUGCAUGAUCUUUGUGGCUGACUUUGUAGCUCUCCGAAUGAAUGAAAUAUCGACAGCCUACGUUCACUUUUCGACGGAAUCUAGGUUCAAAUUCCAUAAUGGAUCUCCUAUUAGUCAACCCUCACAGAAGUGACUUCUCUCUCGGAGAAUAAUUGCCCUUGCACAACGAUCCUCAAAGGACAACAAUCCGAGGAAAGAGAUUACUUUGCUUUUGGAACAGUGUACCUGGUAGAACUUACCAGUAUACAUCGUAUAAUACUAUUCGUC